AUGCAACUUAAAGUCCAACAAGGUAAUCCAAAUGAGCCCAAAAUGUUUUCAAUGUCAGGUUUCACUUUCCUAAACUCUAAACUGGAAGUUUAUGAUAGUGUGUCUAUAUCAUUUUCGAGUGGUAAGAUUAUUGAUUGCUCUUUAACUGCCUCCAUUGCAAAUACUCAAAUGGCGAAUCUGGAGGUACAUGGCUCAAAAAUAAGUUUUACCAAGUAUAGAACGAUAGAUACAAAUAGUUUUACACUUUCAAAUAGUAUUAUUAACAAAUCUGAAUUCAUGUUCAGAGAGUUGGAUAAAGUGAAAUUUAUUAACAAUAGAUUUUAUAACUUGGAAAAUCCAUUACAAUUUUCAUAUACAAGUUUUGUUUCAUUCAAGAGUGUAAACGUUUAUAAUUCUAGCCGAUUUAUAAAGGCAAACUCUGUUUACAAUUUGGAGCUGAAUGGUUUGGAAGGUAUUAAUGAUAUUAAUCUGAAUACUGGAACCUAUAUAUCAUGGGACUCUGUAGGGACAGCCAAGAUUACAGACUCUAAUUUCAAGUCAAUUCAUAGUAGUUAUUUCCUAGUUGUUGAAAAUUAUGUUCACCAACUUUUAAUUUCCAACUCUAAAUUUUAUGAUGUCAAAUCCAUUGAUAUUCAUUGCUCAGUUGCUACUGAUUUCGGUUCGUCAAAUAUUCAAAUUUCCAAAACAACUUUUGAUUCAUUGGAGGCUGUUAGAGGAUCUGUGAGUAUUCGAACAUGUACUAAUGUAUUGAUAGAGAAUUCCAUUUUUAAAAAUAGCAGAUCGUAUGCUGGAGGUGCUCUUUAUUGCUCAUCUAUUCAUCAACUUAACAUGUACAAUCUUCAAUUUUCAAAUAACAAGGCCAUCUUUAGACCAAAGAAUAUUUUUCAAUCAUUUGGUUCUGGAGGAGCUGCUUUCAUUAAUUCAAUCAAUACUUUAAUUGGAAACAAUAUCACAUUUACAAAUAAUUCUGGACUUAGGGGUGGUGCAUUGUAUUUAGCUCAUUUCACCAUCAAUUCUUACAACUUGGAUAUUCAGUGUUUUGGAAAUAAUGCCGAAUUUACUGGUGGCUGCUACCAUUUGCAUUUGGGAAGAUUAGUAGAACUUGAAAAGACUAAAAGAAGCAAGAUCACUGUCACAAAUAGCAGCGAUAAUAAGGCACUUAUCUAUGGUAAUCAAGCCUCAUCUAGUAUUAAUACAGCUGAUUUCAGCUAUUGUACUGUUACAAAUAUUGAUAGAAAUAGCAAUGAUCGUUACAUCCACAGUGGGUGCAUUAAUACCAUAACAUUUAAGAAUAUCACAAGACUAGAUACUAUUAGAUUGGCAUUAUAUCCUGGACAAGUUAUCAAUAUGACAUCAAUAUUUUAUGACAUUUUUGGUGCAAAUAUCCCAUUCAUCAAAACUACCAGUGUGACAACUAAUGAUACAGACUUCAAUUAUCCUAAUAUUGAUUUUAAAAACAAGGGUAUUGAUCAGUUUAGUCAUUCUAAUGUAAUUCCCUAUUUUAGUGUUUUUAUCAAGACUAGUUCAAUAAUGGAAACAAACUUAUUGACAAAUUCAACAGAAUACCAUUAUUAUUUGGAUGCUGAUAGUGUCGUGUUCAAUGUGAGCAUUACUUUGCUAGAUUGUCCAAGUUUAAUGGAGAUGAGAUAUGAUGGUAAUGGAUGGUAUAUUUGUAAGGACAGGGUUAGAUAUGAUAUCAUCUUGCCAUGCUCUAUUAUUGGGGGAAUUUUCAUGUUAUUGACUGGCUUCUUGUUGGGAUUCCUUUUCAUCUACAGUAUUGUCUUGAUUAAUAAUAGAGUUGUGAAAAGGUUGAAAAAGCUACAAAAGAUUGAACAAGCAGAAAAUGAAUUGGAAAGAAAUAUUAUAGAAAAGACAUUUGAUUUUUCACAAAAAGAUUACUCUGAUUACUAUGAUACUACAUUCAGUAUUAAUAAUAUAUUUAGUUCGAAUAAGAAAGCUGUCUAUAAAUCAGAUUCUAAAACAAUUCCACUAAUCAAUGAGGAUGAAGAACAAGAAUUAUCAUCACACGAAAGCAAGGCAAUGUACUACUCAACUACUCGAGAUCAUAAUGGUGAUUAUUUACGAUUGGAAUCACCAACUUACAAAUCAAAAUCCAGCAUGUUUAUUCCAAUUGAAAAUUUAAGCAUUAUUUCCAAGAUAGGUCAAGGAGCUUCUGGAGUUGUUUACAAAUGCUUAUUGAAACCUAAUACAAUGGUUGCAAUCAAAACACUUGUCACUUCUUCAAAUGAUGGGGAUGAGGCAGAAAAGAUGAAUGAGGAAUUUGAAACUGAAGUGAGUUUGAUGAAGAGUUUGAGACAUCCAAACAUAGUUAAUUUUUAUGGUGUUUCUGUAUCAAAUAAUACCAAAUACAUGGUAAUUGAGUAUAUGGAACAUGGUAGUUUGGAGAAUGUGUUAUAUAAGAGUAAGAGUGGAAGGAUAACACUUACAUUGGAAGAGAAAAUUCAUAUUCUACUUGGAGUUUCGAGAGGAGUCAAUUAUUUGCACUCUCUAAAUCCAUGUAUCAUUCAUAGAGAUUUGAAACCUGGAAAUAUAUUACUCGAUAGGAAUUACAAUAGUAAGAUUUCAGAUUUUGGAUUGAGUAGAAUAUUCCAACAAAAAUCUAAAAAUCUUACAACAAAUAUUGGUACUCUAUAUUAUCUAGCUCCAGAAAUGUUUGGUGAAACUUCAUGUGCUGUAAUUGAUAAUAGGUUGGAUAUUUAUUCAUUCGGAAUUAUAAUGUGGGAAACUUUAUUUGAGGAUAUUCCAUAUACUGGCGCCAAAACGUCAAAACCUCUCUCAAGUAAAGGUUCACAAUAUGGCAGUUAUUCAAGUAAUAGUUCAGCAAGUGGUGAUCUUACACCUUUCAAUAUUCCUCAAAAGGUAUUGAGUGGAGUUCGUCCCAUGAUUCCUUUCAAUAAUGAACGUGAAUUUGAUGAAUAUUACAAUGAAUAUCCUUUCCAUUCAAAGCAAUAUAAUUACAAAACCAUGAGAGCUAUUAUUUUUGAUUAUAUCAAGUUGAUGAAGAAGUGUUGGGAUAAGGAUCCAAAAGAUAGACCUGAAUUCUCUCAAAUAAUUAAGGAGUUGCAAAAUAUUAGUUCUAAAGAUAUUAGAAAGUAA